AGCCGCAGCGCUAGCGGCCGUUGUUAGCUGCUUGGUUAGCACCAUGGCGGCAGUACGCAGCUUGCGGGUCUCGGUGAAAUCAGACAGCGGCUCCGACCGCUCGGACUCCGACUCCGAGUCAGAUAGAGAUGCCCGCGAAGCCGAGCCGAUGGAGGUGGAGGAGGGAGAGCUGGAGCCCGAGGACAUCUCCGUUAACCGCUCUCUGAAGGAGCUGCUGCCGGACACCAGUCGGCGGUAUGAGAACAAGGCCGGAGCCUUCAUCACUGGAAUCGACGUGAACUCUAAGGAGGCGAUCGAAAGGAAAGAGAAGCGAGCGCAGCGUUUCCAUUUUCACGGGGAAGAGAAGGUCGGCCAGCGGAACGUUUUCCUGGAUAAAGACGCUAUGAAAAAAACCAUCCCCCAGCUGCGCAUGGAGGCGAUCCAUGUGAUGGGCGUGGACGACAUGAGCACGCAGGACGUCUUCGGGUACUUUAAAGAGUAUCCUCCGGCUCACAUCGAGUGGAUCGACGACACUUCCUGUAACGUGGUAUGGCUAGAUGACGACACCCCCAUUCGAGCGCUCAUCAACACAAGCCGGAUGCCCGACUCGGAGACUGUUACCACGGAGACGGGGGGCUCCAGCCAGCCGGACGAGCAGAGCAAAGGUCGGCGAGGAUCAGGAGCUGGUCGUGAGGCGUUACUCGCUUCUCGUUACCCUGCGUAUACUACACGACGCGCGACGAAGGCCAAACGUCGCACAGCGUCUGCCCGGCUUAACACGUGUUUUCUGUGUGCAGACGACAAGAAGGAGCCGGGCGCCGCUCGCCGCAGCCGAUACUACAUGAAGUACGGAAACCCGAACUAUGGCGGCAUGAAAGGCAUCCUCAGCAACUCCUGGAAGAGGCGGUACCACAACCGACGCAUCCAGCGAGACGUCAUCAAGAGCAAGAAGCCUCUGAUUGGAGACAGCAUGGGCCACACGCCGCCGUACACACACCGACACUCGGGUGAGAUCACGCACGACGAGUGUAUUUUCUUUGCUCUGAUCGUUAAACCUGCAGGAAUGUUUCGCCGCCGCGCUCACACGUUUGCGUCUAACUCUGCCUGUGUCGCACCGUUCAGGAACAGGAUCGGAACGUCGGGAUCACAGAGCAGGACCAAAUCCUCGUCGCCCUCUAAGGUGACGGACGUGCGACAGCUGCUGGAGGAGAAGCGGCAGGGCCACUCUCAGCACAGACAGCCCCCUCCGGCGGUCAGCGGCGGGAAGACAGACGUACGGCAGCGGCUCGGGAAAAGACGCUACUCUCCAGACAGACGCCGCUCCCCCUCGCCGCUGUCCCCGAGAGACACUCCCCUAGCCAGAGAUGUGCAUCGCAGACUGGGCGUGGCCAGUCAGGACAGCAGAGGCCACUGCUCAAACUCGUCCACAGACAGGAAGACGGGCGGGCUGUGGAGCAGACUCGGCUCCAGCGACGACGACGGCAGCGGCGCCGCCGCCAGACGUCACGACAGGUCGAGCGGCCGCUCGGCGGGGCUGUUCUCCUCUUCCUCGUCGGGCCGGGAUGGCGGCGGCAGCAGUAGAAGCGAGAGGAGGCGUGGCGACGGAGAGGGGGACAAGGAGGAGGAGGAGGACGGGCGCGGGGACGAGGAGGACGACUCGACGCUGCAGAGGAUGUGGGGCGCCAUGAUCAAACAGAAGCAGGAGCGUCUCACCCACAAGAUGAAGAAGAGUCGGCUGGACAACCUGCCCUCGCUGCAGAUCGAGAUCAGCCGCGACAGCAGCGACGAGUCUGACGCCUGAACACGAGGAGGAGGGGGCGGAGCAGCAUUUCCUCUGAUGGACAUAAAGCAGCGCCGAGGCCGAGCGGACGACCCGGGUGAGUCGGGGAACGGGCCGCGCGGCGAAAUAAUGACUCGUAAACAUCAACAGAAACGUUUCAUAAACUUCUCCAGGGAGCCGCAGUCCCUGAAGCUCCGCCCACCUUUAAUUUCAACUUCCUGCAGUGCGCCCUCCUCACUUCCUGUCUGAAGCGAGGUGAAGUUGCAAAUUGUCACUUUACCAUCCAGAUCAGUGACAGUUGUUUGUGGGCGUGGCCUAUAAUCACCUGCUGCAGGUGAGGCAGACUCGAGCCAAAGGAAGCGAUCCGCCCCCUGAAGUCGCCCAGUGCUGAGGGGUCAGUCGGGUUGUGAGGUCAUUUCCUGCCUCGGCGUUCCGCAGUUUGCUCACUCGGCUGUGGCUCUGAGGACAUUUCAGAGGACGUCCUGCGAAGUUCGGUGCUAAUCAUGAGCCGAGGGCAGAGCUUCGGUUCCCGCGCCGCCUCCUCCUGCCUGUGGCGUUCUGUCAGGAUGUGGCAAAGCAUCAUGGGAAACUCCGCUCACCUGCUGCUGCUCUUCUUGUCACCAUUCUCGCUCGCCACCAUUCCUCAGCUUUUCCCCGUCUGACUGCAGCUCAGACAGUGAAGUGACUCCGCCUCCAGCGUGCGGCGUCGGCGUGGUGUUGGCGCUGGCAGGACUGCGGCGUCCGCUGUGGGACAUUUUCCUACUUUUUGUCUCUUUAUUAUUAUUUUUUUCUUCUAAACACCUCGUCGACGACCCGGGUGUGUGUGCGAGUCCACCGACUGUUCCUGUGACGUCACUGAUGUUUUUAAAUGAAACCUUUGGGUCCACGUGCAGGUGACGCCACGCCGCUGCUCCUCAGAUCAUUAUUAAAGUACCGCUGAUGUUUUA